AUGCAGGUCCCAUCAACUAAACUCCCCUAUCUCCAGCGACGUGCCAUAGUUCCGGUCGACGUCCGUCCUGGUAGAACUCCGGGCCAAUUACCUGACAUGGCGAAUGUUCAGGGCGACAUUUACUACAUGUUCCCAAAGCGCUGGGAGCGAUUCCUAUGCUUCACAAUCAACAAUGCUGACGACUUUCGCAAAGCCCUGGACGAAUAUUUCCCGAGAGUCACCAACUCGAAGAAGACUAUGAAAGAUGUCCAAAAUAUCCAUGACAGACCCGGCGGUAAUCUCAACAUAACUUCCCAUGCUAUCGGCUUCACAAGGAAUGGAUUGAAUACACUUGGUAUCAUGGAGAAGCUUCGCGAUCCCCAUUUUGACCAAGGUCCACUUAUCAACGAGAAGGCGAAAUUGGGCGACAUGGCCGAGUACGACGAGGCCUUUGUUAGCGGCAACAACCAUGGCGUAUUCAUCAUCUGCUCUGGAUCCCAGGAGAGCUGCCUAUCUGAAUCGAACGCCAUUAAGGACAUAUUUGGUAGCUCCAUUACCGAGCUAGGAAACUACGAAGGUCGCGUUCGUAGUGGGGAUGGUGAAUUUUUUGGAUGGCGGGACGGCAUUUCGCAACCUGCACUAGAGGGUCUUGUACAAGCACGACCUGGACAGCGCGUCGUAAAGCCUGGCGUGAUCAUCAUGGGGUACCCUGGAGACCCCGUUCUCGACGUUCCCACUGCGCUUCAGCGUCCGUCGUGGACCAAAGAUGGCGCCUUUCUAGUCUUCAGAAAGCUGGAGCAAAACGUCCUUUUCUUCGAAGACUACAUCGAGAAGAAUUGGCGUUCUAUCCCUGCUAACGAGCGCGGAAAUGGUGUCUAUCUCACAGACGAAGAGAGGAAGACACUCUUCGGCGCUCGGAUGGUUGGCCGAUUCAAGUCGGGCGUUCCGCUUGCGUUAUCGCCGUAUAAAGAAGACCGCCAAUAUCUCCACCCUGACAAGAUCAACAACUUUGACUACUCCGAGAGUUAUGGGCGUUGUCCCUUCUCCGCCCACAUCCGCAAGACCGCGCCUAGAAACCUCGGUCCUCACCUUACGAAAGAAUUUAUGGAUGCUUCGGUGAUUGUUCGAGCUGGCAUUCCGUACGGUCCAGAGAUCUCCAUCGAGGAAAGACAAGAAUGGGCAAAGAUGACUUCGGAGGAGAAGAAAUCUGCUAAGUGUGAUCGUGGACUCCUCUUUGCUUGCUACCAGUCUUCUAUUGAGAACGGGUUCUACCGCCAAACCACGCAAUUCGCCAACAACUCUUUCUUCCCUCCGAUCGGUUUCUUGCCCAAGAAGACUGGUCAAGACCCAAUUCUUGGGGGCCCUAAAUAUGACAAGACACCGUUGAAGACUAUUGAUGAUGAAGGUAAUGUGAUCGACGACGACAACGCCAGAACCUUCUACUCCGAGGAAUUCAGCCCACCUGAAUAUGAAAGUCCCAACGCCGAGUUUGAUGUCACCAUGAAGGUGAAGAACAAGGAGGGUGAUCGCUUCGAGGUUGCGGGUAUCGCAAAGAAACUGCAUCCGACCGCCAACGAUUACGAGCAGGAGUUCUUUGUCACAUCUCGAGGAGGGGAUUAUUAUUUCAUGCCGGGCCUUAGUACCUUGAAGAGCUAG